AUUCGGACAGGCGCGAUUGUCACUCGAUCAAUCGAAUUCAGAUGGUCGUGUUUGUCUCUUGCGUAUAACAAUAACUUGUCUCAGUGUUUUACUAAUUAAUUAUUAGUUCAAUUGAAUAUUUAAAAACGUGGGAUUUUUCCCCGUGAAUUGGUGAAUGUAAAUUGUUAAAUAUUCACACAAGCUCGACGCCAAGAUGACGAUCAUUACAAAAGCUAUUGGAGAAAAGAAGCCUGCGGAUAAAAUGGAGCAGCCAUUGCAGGGGAAUGCAAAGGCUGAUGUAGAAUCCCAACAAUCACAAAGAGAAGUUACUGGACAUUCACAUUAUUUUAUUUUACGGAGAGCCAGCUUGCGUUCAAACUCAAUAACACUCUAUUGCUUACUACUUACGGCACUGCUGGGCAUGAGCAUCGGCGUACUAGGUGGAAUAUGCAUUUACAGGCGUUAUGCUCGUGAACAGAUGCAUAGAUUCCGUACUGGAUGGUAUAGUAUUCCAUAUGAGCGUUUAGAUAACAAAUUGCCAUUUGUCAGCGAUGAAUUAUCAGCUGGAGUACCAGCUGACAGUGAUCUUUUCAAGUCUCUUGCUCGAGAGUCAAAACAAGAAGCUAUGAUACUUGAGAGAACAGCACAAGAUACAAUUCGCAACUUUUUCCAAGAGCCUAAAGAUUUUUUUCAAGAAUGCUUUGAAAUAGAUCUUGAAAAUGAACACUAUGAAGGCAUUGAUGUACCUGAUUUUCGAGAUGGACGUCAAGGUCGUUUUAUUCAUGAUUUUAAUAUUAAUCUCACAGGAAUUAUAGACCUUGAUGGACACUCAUGUUUUGUAAUGCCACUUGAUAGAGAACGAGUUCUACCACCAAAAAAUAUGUAUGAUUUGUUGAACAAAAUGUACAAUGGUUAUUAUGAAGUCAAUACAAAAGUUGUUCGAGAGACAAUGCGAGCUGUACCUUCGGCAAUCCAUGAUCGAUCCUGUGUGGGCACAUACAUUGCUCGUGAAUGUAAACAAAUGCCUAUUUAUAUUCUUGAGAAAGUAAAUAAUACCAAUUCAGGUGUUGUAAAACGCAGCGCGGAUGGUGUCAUUUUUGGACACUUUGCUGGUAAAAAUAUUAUCGAGUAUGAUAUUUCAAAUAUGGCUGAAAUACAAGCAUUAGAAAAAGCCAGAAAGGAAGAGGAUUAAAAUUUGAAAAAUAAUUACGUAAUAUCACAGUAGAAACAUGUAAAAUUGUUCCCCUCCUCUUGGUAUUAAAUAAGUCUUACAGUUUAUAGACA